GGGGGGUCAGAGACAACUUGGCGUGUGGCUUCGAGGAGGGCUGCAGGCCUCGUCUUCCUGUGGCCUGCCUCGCCCGCGCCGGCCUUCGGCGCCCCGGGCCCAGGGCGCUCCUCCUCCUCCUCCUCCUCCUCUUUUCCUCCUCCUCCUCCUACUCCUCCUCCUCCUUCUCCUCCUCCUCCUCCUUCCCCUCCUCCUCCUCCUCUUCGUCCUCCGUAGCCAUUUUGGCUCAAGACUCCUGCAGCCGGCCUGCGUCGCCCCCGGGAGGCUCCGCCGUGUGGCGGCGGAGCUCGGACGCCCCAGCGCUUCCCCUGGGGGGUCCGCGUCGCCAUGGUGCAGCUCAUCUGCUCGGCCGCGGAGGGGCUGUCCUCCUUCGAGGGGUUCCAGGGCUGGUUCAUGAUCUGGGUUGCCUUCUCGAUGUUCGCGUACAUCGUGCUGACGGGCCUGUCGAUCAUCGCGUUCGUGUACUGGUACGUGUACCCGACGUACGAGAAGUGGUGCACGAAGACCAACCCGAGAUACCCCUCGCCGACUUACGUGGCUGGGGAGGUCUUCCUCGGGGGGGUGCUCGGCCCUCUAGCCGGGACCUUCGCCUCCUCCAUCCACCUCUACCUCAUCAGCAACGGCACGUUCAGGCAACAUUGCGAUACCCCGUUGACGUGGCAGCACCGCCUACUGUCUGCUCUGGUGGGCGUCGUGAUAAUUGAUUUCUACGAGUGGGGGUGGCAUUACCUUGGCCAUUGGGUGGAAAGCCUCUGGACAGUCCACAAACAUCAUCAUAAGUACUACAACCCAACGCCUUUCGGGACCAUAGCAGACUGGCCUAUGGACAAUUUUAUGCGGUCGCUGUACCCUAUAGUCUGCUUCGCGGUCUCCCUCACACUGUUCGGGCAGUACUUGGACAUUGACGUGCUGUACCUCGGCCUGGGCUUCGUUCUUCAGGUCUACGGCAUGUACCUGCACUGCGGGCACGAGUUCGAGUGUCUCCCCUACAACAGCAAAAUCUGGAACACCAGCUUCCAGCACUACGUCCACCACGCGGUGUCGGUGAAGAACAAGCCUUUCCACACAGGAUUCUUCGUGAAGCUGUGGGACAACCUGGCAGGCAGCGUUUACGUCGGCACACAGGUGGUCCCCGCGCUGGAGGACCAAAAGCUCGGUAACAGGUCUCGGGAGCGCUGGGAGAAGGAGGUGGAGCCCAAUCUGCCCGACUACAGCGUGUUGCUUUCCCCCAGCUGGUGGCUCAACAACUGGCACCUGGCGCCCGGCCUCAGCAUCUGGACCAUGUGACCUUUCUGGGAUGCCUGUCAUGAGCAGCGACCGGAAGAUGAACGCAAGCGGCAUACCAGAAGUUACAGCAUGACCGCGGCAGGAAACACAGGCGGCCCGAAGGAUGGCGAGCAUCGCCCGGCGCGAAAAACAGAAACUUGCGCCCGGCUCGCCGGCCUGCCCGCCUGCCUGUUCUACUUGUCCAC